CUCCUGUAAAUCUGCCGAGUCAAUUAAGAUGGCUGACCUCUAAAGGCUGUUACAUGCUCAAUGUUCUCAUGCCUGCACUUUAUUCGGGUUUAAGUUUGAUUUACUUUUAAAGUUUCAUGUCAGUCUCACUGCUUUGUUGUGAUGGCUAAAUGAGGAGAGGGCAAAUCAACAAUUUUGUCCCCUUUUCCUCCCUGUCAGUUUGUAUUUGACACCAUCAACUUGUAGCAUCAUUUAUUUAUUUAUAGAACCCCAAAUGCUUGAGUUUAGGGGGCGAGUUCUACCUCGCUUAGAUUUUUAUUAUCCUCUCUGCCCCCUUACUCUCAGUGCAUGUCCCUGUAUAUUUUUCGAUACAUUCGUGAUCAUAUGAUAACUUUUUUUAUUCUCAGCCUGCUGAGUUUAACAGUAAUGAAUGUAUCACUGGACACUUUACACAACUCGAAAGGUCAGAGUACUUUGUUGGGCCCCUGUUGUACAUUCCUUGUCGAUAUGCAUUUGCCAAAUUGUGCCUUUCUUCAGCAAAACCUGUCAAAACUGCUUUUCACAUUGUCUCUACAAUUCAUCUGAGGUUUAGCCAAUGCGGCCUGUUUACAAUGUAAAUGUUUUUGUUUUUCCAAAUGUUUCCCUCACCUAAAAUGUUUGCUGAUUUUUGAAAAAUAAAAUCAGGGUGACUUUUUCCAAUAUUUUUUUUGUCAUUACUCAGACAGACAUUGCACACUACACUUACAUGAGUUUCUCUCCUAGCACAGACAGUUUCUAAAGAAUCCUGUUAUAUUACUGUCAGAUGAAUCUAUAGUCUUGUUUUUUAUACUUCUUUACUCCUUGUUUUGUUCUCAUGAUCUACUAGUGGCCCUUGAUACAUUGUUUAUUAGGAACAUAAUAAGCAUUCACAACUUAUUAAGGCUCUAAUUGUGUGUUGACAAUUAAUCUGCUUUGCUGCCCCAAAAUUAGUUACAGCUCAUGUGACUCAGUAUAAUGGUUACAUUUUUAAGACAAUAUUGCUCAGAGGUGUUUACUUCUGUCAUGGAUAAGCAUACAUAUUACACCUGUUUACAGUUGUUGAUAUAUGCAAUAAAGUUGGCAAAGCUAUUUUGCGUGCACAGCUAAAACAGACAAUGAAAAUGAUCUUUCGCCACAGUUUCAACAUAGUAUGUUGCAAACAACAUGCCCUGUGUCUGUUUCAAAAUAAAAGUCUAGCUUUUUAGGUUUGUUUUUUUCUACAAGACUUUAUUGUGAAAUAAUUGCAGCUUCUUGCGUAGAGUCCUGGCAUUUAGAAAGAACAUUCUUCUUCGUGUGGGAUUUCAAUCUCCUGUCAUCUUGUUUCAAAGGGUGUAAAUGACUAAGGUCAGUGACUCAUGUAGGAAACGUUGACUCUGUGCAGCACUAGCUCAGCUCUGGUGCAGCUGUGGUGGUGUCUCUGUGCUAACGGACUACUGAACCGUCCUGAGGGAGAGUGAGUGACAGCUGGGGAAGCCUCCGCCCAGAGAGCCGCCGCCGCCGCCGCCACUGCGCGUCUAUCCGGCUGCUACAUCUCCCUCUCCUCGCUGCUGAAGGCUGCAGGAAUGCCCGACAACAUCCCUCUACAACCCGUGAGACGACCGAAAAGACACGACAGUAAAAACAGACAUGGGUGCUGCCCGUGGUCAAGAUGCUGUGGCAUGGGGGACUUGCGCCCCCGUACCGUGUGGCUCGGCCACCCAGAAAAGAGGGAUCAGAGGUACCCCAGGAAUGUCAUUAACAACCAGAAGUACAACUUUUUCACCUUCCUGCCUGCGGUGCUGUACAAUGAGUACAAGUACUUCUUCAACUUGUACUUUUUGCUUUUGGCCUGCUCUCAGUUUAUUGAAGAGCUACGUUUGGGUGCCCUCUACACCUACUGGGUCCCAUUGGGCAUUGUUUUGAUUGUCACCAUCAUGAGAGAGGCAGUCGAAGAAAUAAGAUGCUAUCUUCGAGACAAAGAGGUGAACUCUCAGAUUUACAGCAAGCUGUCGACAAGAGGCACAGUCAAGGUCAAAAGCAGCGGUAUUCAAGUCGGGGAUCUUAUAAUUGUGGAAAAGAACCAGCGUGUUCCUGCUGACAUGAUCUUUUUAAGGACCUCUGAAAGAAAUGGCUCCUGUUUCCUGCGGACUGACCAACUGGACGGAGAGACGGACUGGAAACUACGCCUCCCAGUGGCCUGCACGCAGAGACUGCCAACUGCUGCCGACCUCCUCCAAAUCAGAUCAUAUGUGUAUGCAGAAGAGCCAAACAUUGACAUCCAUAACUUCAUUGGAACUUUUACCAGGGAGGACGCAGACCCCCCUGUCAAUGAGAGUCUCAGCAUUGAGAACACCCUGUGGGCCAGCACUGUUGUUGCCUCUGGCACAGUGGUGGGGGUUGUGAUUUACACAGGAAAGGAGCUGCGCAGUGUCAUGAACACCUCAAACCCAAGGCACAAGGUGGGUUUGAUUGACCUGGAAGUGAACUGUUUGACUAAGAUUCUAUUUGGGGCCCUGGUAGUGGUGUCACUGGUCAUGGUGGCUCUCCAGCACUUCGCUGGCCGCUGGUACCUCCAGAUCUUUCGCUUCCUGCUGCUCUUCUCUCACAUCGUGCCCAUCAGUUUGAGAGUCAAUCUGGAUAUGGGAAAGAUGGUUUUCAGCUGGAUGAUCAAGAAAGACUCCAAGAUCCCUGGGACGGUAGUGAGGGCAAGCACCAUACCUGAACAGCUUGGACGCAUCUCCUACCUGCUGACUGACAAAACAGGGACUCUUACCCAAAAUGAAAUGGUGUUCCGGCGGCUCCAUCUUGGAACUGUGGCAUAUGGAAUGGACUCAAUGGAUGAAGUACAGAGCCAUGUGUUCAGCGCCUACACACAGCCCACCCAUGACCUUCCAGCCUCCAGGGCUCCGGCAGCAACUAAGGUCCGCAAGACCAUCAGCAGUAGAGUUCAUGAGGCUGUAAAGGCCAUCGCCCUGGUGCACAAUGUAACACCAGUGUAUGAGUCCAAUGGGGUGACGGACCAGGCUGAGGCUGAGCAGCAUUAUGAAGACACAUGCAGAGUCUACCAGGCAUCCAGCCCAGAUGAGGUGUCGCUGGUGCAGUGGACGGAGAGUGUUGGGCUGACACUGGUGGGAAGAGACCAGUCCUCCAUGCAGCUGCGGACCCCUACUGGCCAAAUCCUGAACUUCACCAUACUUCAGAUUUUCCCCUUCACCUACGAGAGCAAGAGGAUGGGCAUCAUUGUUCGAGAUGAAUCAAAUGGAGAGAUCACUUUCUAUAUGAAAGGAGCUGAUGUGGUGAUGGCAGGCAUCGUCCAGUAUAAUGACUGGCUGGAGGAGGAGUGUGGAAACAUGGCGAGGGAAGGUCUGAGGGUCCUUGUUGUGUCCAAGAAAUCCCUGACUGAGGAGCAGUAUCAAGAUUUUGAGGCACGGUAUGUCCAGGCCAAGCUUAGUGUCCAUGACCGCUCUCUGAAGGUGGCCACUGUGAUUGAAAGUCUGGAGAUGGAAAUGGAGCUGCUGUGUCUGACAGGGGUGGAGGACCAACUUCAGACUGAUGUCAGGCCCACCCUGGAGAUCCUGCGCAACGCAGGCAUUAAGGUUUGGAUGCUGACAGGAGACAAGCUUGAAACAGCCACAUGCACUGCAAAGAACGCUCAUCUGAUCACCCGCAACCAGGACAUCCAUAUCUUCAGAUCCGUGACAACGCGAGGGGAAGCUCACCUGGAGCUCAACGCCUUCAGGAGAAAACACGACUGCGCCCUGGUGAUAUCAGGAGACUCGCUUGAGGUUUGUCUGAAAUACUACGAGUAUGAGUUUAUGGAGCUCGCGUGUCAGUGUCCUGCUGUGGUUUGCUGCCGCUGUACCCCCACUCAGAAGGCUCAGAUAGUGCGGCUGCUACAGGAGCGCACAGGCAAACUCACCUGUGCUGUAGGGGAUGGAGGAAACGAUGUCAGCAUGAUCCAGGAAGCCGACUGUGGCGUGGGAGUGGAGGGAAAAGAGGGAAAGCAGGCCUCUCUGGCCGCUGACUUCUCCGUGACUCAGUUCAAAAAUCUAGGCCGUCUCCUCAUGGUCCACGGUCGGAACAGCUACAAAAGGUCCGCAGCUCUCAGCCAGUUUGUCAUCCACCGGAGCUUGUGCAUCAGCACCAUGCAGGCCGUCUUCUCCUCUGUUUUCUACUUUGCUUCAGUCCCACUCUACCAGGGAUUUCUGAUUAUUGGCUACUCCACGAUCUACACCAUGUUCCCCGUCUUCUCCCUGGUCUUGGACAAGGAUGUUAAGUCAGAGGUUGCUAUGCUAUAUCCAGAGUUAUACAAAGAUCUCCUAAAGGGUCGACCACUGUCGUUCAAAACCUUUCUAAUAUGGGUCCUAAUAAGUAUCUAUCAAGGGAGCAUCAUCAUGUACGGGGCACUGCUGCUCUUUGAGUCAGAGUUCGUCCAUGUCGUGGCCAUUUCCUUCACCUCUCUCAUCCUGACCGAGCUGCUGAUGGUGGCCCUGACCAUCCAAACGUGGCACUGGCUCAUGAUAGUUGGCGAGCUCCUGAGCUUGGCCUGUUACAUCGCCUCCCUCGUCUUCCUGCACGAGUUCAUCGACGUGUACUUCAUCACAACCGUGUCGUUCCUGUGGAAGGUGACCGUCAUCACGCUGGUGAGCUGUCUGCCUCUGUACAUCCUCAAGUACCUGCGGAGACGGUUCUCCCCGCCCAGCUACUCCAAACUGACCACAUAAAGAGUGGGAGGAGCCUCAGGCCUCGUUUAAAGGGGGGAACACGGGAGGUCACCCCCCCUGUCUUCAUCUGGAGAAUCAAGCAUAGGUUCCCUCCCUCUAAUUUGUUCGUCAGGGACGGGUUGUUUACUGAGGGAGAUGGGCAGUGUUACUCGCUACAUGUGUCUGAUGCAAAGACUAACUAACGGCUGCUCUUUGUAACUCGCCGACCGCAGCGAAUUAUGAGUUUGCAAGGUUUUGUCUUAUUUACAGUCGGUGCUUCUGUCGGCACUAAAGACAACAAAAUGUAAUAUAACAAUGUGGCCAUUGCCUGUAUGUAAUAGAUUAAGAUGCCAAUAAGGAAAAUGAUGUCUGUCAAGUUCAUUUUAUAAUGUCUAAAAACCACUUCAGGGAGAAGCAAACCUGAAAAGUCAAAUGCCAUUUGAGGCUGGAAUUUAAUUUUCUCUCAUUUCCAGUUCAUCCUAAAAUGGUAAACGUCUGUUUUUAUUAGUGGGCUCUAAAACUGAUGUAGCAUUCUCACUCAACCUGAUUCACACUCUCCUCAAACAGUCAUUUCCAAAGUUUACCGGCUAGACUUUGCAUAAAACACACGUCUACAAGUGUGUGUGUGUGUGUGUGUGUGUGUGUGUUUGUUUAUGCGUCACCCUGAUGCUGCAGCCCGACAUGGCGGAGGUGGCGUGGCUGUUUAUUUUCGAGUGACCUGUGGUGUCUGAUGUUAAAUCUGUCUUUGUGUCGUCGUACGGGGCCCCGACUUGUUUCGUGUUUUUGGAGAGUGGUCUGACGCAGCCACAAAGGAGUGCUAGUUAUUUUCAGCCCAAACCUUCUGGCUGUGUGGAUGCGUGUCCGCAGAGGAAUGCGCAGUGUCUCAUGUGGCCGCUCAGGCCGGCCACUACAACCACGCUUUCAGCAUUGCAUGAUGACUCACUUUAACAGUGACCUAAAGCCAUAAAUGAAAAUCCCUCUGUGACCAGUGUCCAGCUGUCCCCGCUUUCAUGCCAUCUAAUCUAAUCUAAUCCAAGGCCUCCUCACUCUUCACUGCGAAACAAAGGGAACCAAUCACAACUGUGUGAAUAUUGUUAAUAAGUAUUACAACUGGAGAUUGUACAUGUCUUGUGGAUAUUCAUUUCUAUUUUCUGGUGGUGCGAUGAUCGAGCCACUGUGAAUAUUUAAGAACUAACAUCAUCACAUGACCCCAUUUAUUUCAAAGUUGAUUUAGAAGAGGAAAGAAAAGAAAACAAACCACAGAACAUUAAAAACAGAAGGUGCCAUAACUCAUCGGUUAAACUAAACCUUUAAUCUUCACUGAACUCAGCAGGUUUGCACAGGAUUUUUUUUUUUUUUUUUUUUUUUUAUAAAAUGACUGAAUGUUUUUUGUUGUAAAAAAAAAAAUACAAAAACAAUUUGGUUGCUUGUAAAUAACAGUGACACAUUUUUAAUUUAUUCAGCUAUUUAAUUAAUUUAAUAGUGCCGGUUGCAAAAAGGACAAAUUGUGUUGAUAUCAAUGUUGUAAUGAUGAUGACCAUUAAUAAACCCUUUCUUGUCUCCUU